GGGAAUUAGAACGCGGGUGACGUCAUGGCGGGAGGAGGGGUUCCGUCUGGCGCGCUGCCCCCCUCCGCCGGGCAAGGAUCACGUGACCAGCCGCGCGGAGAUCACGUGAUUCAAUAGCCCUGAGGCCAAAAGAUGUAAGUUUGCAAAAUGACCGAUCGGGAAGUGUGGACAGUGCAGACCAUGGGGGAUGCUAAAAAGCCUUUGCUAAUGAAAAUGCCAGACGGAGAGAAUGGCGUCAGAAACAAGAAACAGCUUUGUGUAUCGCCAGAGCCCAAAAGGCCAAAGAAACCAAGGGAAAAAGCUCCCGCCAAAGGGCAGCAAGAAACCCAAUACGAUGAAAAGUCUUUGAAAGGUACAAAGAAGAAGCAUCUGUCAAAGGAGAAGCCAUUACAGGAAAACACCAUCUCCAGCUCUAUAAAGUCAAAGGAGGCCAGCAGGAUCAAAGCCACAAACAGGAAGGUAGAAGAUGGAAACACAGCUGUGAAGACAAGAAACACAAAACACCAGGGUAAGGCUGAAUCCUCCCAGUCCAAAUCUACCUUGUCAGAAGAGCAAAGUUCCUCUAGAGGUUUCGAGAGUACCAUGGAUUUCGCAGACUGUAACGGCCAUGCUGUUUCUCAUAUGAGAAUAGAGCCUGUGAGAAAGAAAAUCAAGCUGGAAACAGAAGAAAGAGUGUGCACCAGGAGGGAUGAAAACAAGACAGUGAGCCAGCGACAGGUGAAGAAAGAGUUGCUUUCUUCAGAAACGGACCACAGAGCAGCGGAGGAGAGAACUGAGAAAAAGAAAGCUUCUGAUGUGAAACAGGAGAAUGAGAAACAUGAAGGGCAGGAGGUGAGACCAGGAGGCCAUGGCAAAGCAAAGAUUGCGGAGGAGGAGAAAGUGAAAGGAAGGAAAGAAGAGAAUAAUAAUGAAAAGUGGCUGAAGAGGGAGAGGAAGAGUGAAGGAGAGGAGGGAGAAGAUGUGGCAGAAAGAAGGAAAACGAGUGAAGUGAAGUCCGAAAGAGAGAACAGUUUGGAUGGUGAGAAGGAAAUGGCCGGAAGGGCAUCUAGGAAAGAAGGGGAAGAGUUGGUGGAAGGUGGACCAGAGCUUGGGCUGCCCUUGGAAAUCAAGCAGGAGUGCAGUUCUGAGGAGCAGAAGCCUGCCAAGAGGAAGAAGAGGAAAGACCAAGAGGUCCCGGAGGAUGGCAGGGGAGAGAAGGCCAAGAGAAAGAAGAGCAAAAGAGCCACCUCAAAAGCAGGGGCCGGAAGAUGCUCCCGAAAGAGGAAAGCUGAAGAAGAGGCGGGAGCCCAUAGGAAGAAAAAGAAGAGGAGGGAAGAAUGUGGGAAGGAAAAGGGAAACAUCAAGGAGGAGAAGUGGAAGUGGUGGGAAGAAGAGCAGCGUGAGGACGGGGUGAAAUGGCAUCAGCUGGAGCACAAGGGUCCAUACUUUGCACCACUCUAUGAACCUCUGCCAAAAGGUGUCAACUUCUAUUACAAUGGCAAACCUAUGAAGCUCAGUCCAGCGACAGAGGAGAUAGCUACGUUCUUUGCUAAAAUGCUGGAUCACGAGUACACAUCCAAGGCAGUUUUCCGGAAUAACUUCUUCUGUGACUGGAUAAAGGAGAUGACGCCAGAGGAGAGGAAGAAAAUCAAAGAUCUGAAGAAGUGUGAUUUCAGAGAGAUCCAUCAGUAUUUUGUGGAUAAACAGGAGGCCCAGAAGGCUCUGCCCAAGGAGGAAAAACAGAAAUUGAAAGCAAAGGCAGAAAAAAUCCAGGAGGAAUACGGUUACUGCAUAAUUGAUGGACACCGGGAGAAGAUUGGCAACUUUAAGACUGAGCCUCCAGGUCUUUUCCGAGGCCGUGGGGACCACCCUAAAAUGGGGAUGAUCAAGAAGAGGAUAAUGCCUGAAGAUGUCAUCAUCAAUUGUAGCAAGGAUUCAAAGAUCCCACGCCCCCCUCGAGGCCACAGAUGGAAAGAAGUGAGGUCUGACAAUACCGUCACUUGGCUGGCAUCUUGGACAGAGAAUAUCCAGGGGGCCAUAAAAUACAUCAUGCUGAACCCUAGUUCGAAGUUGAAGGGGGAGAAGGAUUGGCAGAAAUAUGAAGUGGCUCGCUGUUUGAAAGGAGUGGUUGGCAAGAUCCGUUCUCAGUACCGAGCCGACUGGAAAUCCAAGGAGAUGAAGAAGCGACAAAGAUCUGUGGCACUCUACUUCAUUGAUAGGCUGGCCUUGAGAGCAGGGAAUGAGAAAGAGGAGGGCGAAACGGCAGACACAGUGGGUUGCUGCUCCUUGCGUGUGGAGCACAUCACGCUGCACCCUCGGCUGGACGGAAAGGAGAACGUUGUGGAGUUUGACUUCCUGGGGAAGGAUUGCAUCCGCUACUAUAACAAAGUGCCUGUGGAGAGGCAGGUAUUCAAGAACUUGCAGUUAUUCAUGGAGAACAAAGAUCCUGGAGAUUGCCUGUUCGAUAGGUUGUCUACAACCUCUUUGAAUAAACAUCUCCAAGACCUGAUGGAUGGCUUGACAGCCAAGGUCUUCAGAACAUACAAUGCUUCCAUCACACUGCAAGAACAACUGGACGCGCUAACAUAUGAGGAGGACAGCGUUGCUGCCAAGCUGCUUUCUUACAACCGAGCCAACCGUGCAGUUGCCAUCUUGUGCAACCAUCAGCGAGCAACGCCAAAGACCUUUGAGAAAUCUAUGCAGAACCUGCAGGCAAAGAUUGAUGCUAAAAAGGACCAGCUGUGUGAUGCAAAAAUGGAGCUGAAGAGGGCAAAGGCAGACCACAAAGCCAAAAAGGAUGCGAAAUCAAAAGCUGCUGUGGAAAAGAAAAAGAAAAUGAUAGAGAAGAUUGAAGAGCAGCUGGCAAAGUUAGACAUGCAAGCCACAGACAAGGAGGAAAACAAGCAGAUUGCUCUGGGCACAUCCAAGCUGAAUUACCUGGACCCCCGCAUCAGUGUGGCCUGGUGUAAAAGGUUUGAUGUACCCAUUGAGAAGAUUUACAACAAGACCCAGAGAGAGAAGUUUGCAUGGGCCAUAGCGAUGGCGGAUGAAGAUUUUGAAUUCUAAUGGACUCUAUACUGUUGUUUGCUUGUUUGGAGAGGUCAUCAGCAUUUUUACAACUCUAUUGUGGGCUCUUUUGUGUGUGUAAAAUACAUCACUAAAGGAAGAUGUAGUGCCCCUGGUUUCUUCUUAUACCUAAAAGAGAAAAAAUGCACUCACUUAGCCUCAGUCUCAGAAUUCCUGAGCCAUCUCCUUGGUUUCUUCUUUCAGGUUAUUUAUUGAGUGCAGCGGUGGUUAUGUCAGCUGUCAAACUACUUUUAGCCACCAUGGCUGCUUUCACAAAAAAUGUCCUGUCUGGGAUGGCAAAGGUUCAGGAGGGCAAAGGCAUAGAGGAAACUUUGCCAGUGGCCCUGCAGCCAGUUAGUGGCCAUUGGGCUGGGACUGGGGUUUAGCUGUACCUAGUAGCCAUUUGGCUACUACUGUACAGCCACAGUUGUACAAGAAAUUGUUGCACAGAAGCACUGGAUAUCUCCUUGUGCAUUGCCUUAAAAAAGGGUUUUCACUGUUUAGGUUUCCCUAAUCUCUGUAUCAGAGAUGAGCUUCAUCUCAGGGCUUUAUAAAUUUGCAUGCUUGGAAAAUUUGGGGCUGUGCUCUUAGAGCUGCUAGACCUUGUUUGCAGGAUCCACAAAGGGAUGAGAAGCUGAAUUUGUGCUUAAUAGUAGCUGGCUCAAGACAGAAAGCAGAGAGAGGAGUCUUCCAUGGAUUCAUUUUAAAGAGCCUUAUCCCAUGAGAAAAGAAAGCCAAAACAGUGGGAGAACAGCGGUUUUCUCUGUGUCUCUCCACAUGCCAUCAUAGCACUUACAUUCUCUUCUUAAGGGAAACAGUCGUAAAAGCAUGCCUUUUGUCAAAUGGAUUUUUCCAGCAUAACGUAACGUGAAGAGGGAUGGAGAAAGCCGCUACUCUCCCUCUCCGUUUCGGUUUGCCUUUUCUCGUGCGAUAAGACUAACUUUGAGAAAGAAAUGCCAGCUUUUGAGGGAAGUCCAGUUUGCUGUGCUUUGCAGCAGAGUGAGAAAGCAUCUGUUUUAUAAAAAAGUUAAGGGAAAUAUCAUUCAGUGGCUGUCACUUGAAUUUAGCCAAGAAUGUUUGAUUUGUCCCCUGUAUGUGGUUUAGCAUUGUGUUCACCUUCAUUGGAUGGGUGAUGGUUUAGAAUAGGAAACUAAGUGCAGCAAAUUCCUGUUUGUAGCCAAGCAUUAGACAUAAAAUUGGGGGCCAAGGAGGUGGGGGGGGGGGCAAGAAAGAGAGUGGAUUGGUUAGGAUGUAUAUCUGAAGUGUAAAUAGCAAAGCACAGCACUGAGACUUCUGGGGCAAUACUUCUAGCUUAGCGCGAUGAGUGCAAGUGAGAGGAACCUAUGUUUCCAGCAGGCGAAAUACUAGGGAUGAUGCACCAAGGUCCUGAACAUGCUGCCUUCCAGUUUGUUGGUCUUCUUAAAGGGGUAGAUAGUGGUGAUUUUUUAAGGUUGUUUUGUUUCCAUACAAUGUGCUAAUCAGUGAGUAUUCACCAAAACCACAUGUGAAGUCUUGUUCAUUCAUCAAAUUUGCAACCAGCAACACCAAUGGUUAGAAGUUCUCUUAUGUCUAAUAAUUUUCUACAGUCACAUUAAGGUUUCAAAGAACUCAAGAUUCCUGGAGUGUUUGUUUGUUUCUUGCCUGUUUGCCACUAAGUUGUUUGGGAAGUGCUCUAUUAAAAUAUGAGUGUUUUGUCUAUAAUGGUCUCUGAUUUUUGGACAGUGUGCUGAUAAUGGAAGCAGAAUAAAACUGGCACCAUAAUCUUGACAUAGUUUUGGUUUUCCAGCAAAGUGUAUGGUUUUAAGUUAAAAUGGUUUUAAGUUAAAACAACAAAUGGCAUUGCAGCCUAACAUUCUGUUAUUGGUUAUGUUUUUAAAUGGUUGCAUCCAUACCUGAAAGAAUCAGAUGCCCAUUUUGAGUUUAUUAAAUGUGGAAUUUUCAGUCACUGAUAAUUACAUAUUUGAUUUUCAGGAUCGUUUCAAUGUAGUGGCUGCACAUGUCAGUGAACAUGGAAUACUUCAAAGAUUGUAAUUUGCACUUUGAACUAUUAACAUUUCAAAAUUUUUAGUAUAAACUUAAAAAAUUGUAUACCACGAUUUCAGAAUCAAAAUUGGUUUCAAUUUCAUGAUAUGAGAUUGCACAUUCAUAUUUGUUUUGGAAAUGGUUCAUGAUGAUUAUUAUUUUACUACUACUAUUUUUAAAGAAGAUGCCCUCAGCAGCAUCAUUUAUAUUUCUGGAUAUGUAGAUUAGCACUAGGAAAUCUUAUGUUGCUGUCUGUCUUGGUUCAAUAUGUAACCAAAGGUACCUUAAACCUUUAUUGAUUUUUUGUUUGUUUGUUCUAAAGAUGGUAAAUACUGUUAAGAGGAAGAUUAUCAAUUGAUCUCCCAUUUUUCUGAUUUCUGGCGGAUUAAAAUCCUGUUCAUUUGUA